AUGUUUGCGCGUAAAUUGCAAGCUAUAUGGAUCUUAAUAAUAUUAUUGGUCGUAUCAGCAAAAUCUUCUACGGCGGAUCUUGUUAUUGCCGAUAAAGCUAAAAGUUUUACAAAUGUGACGACGGCAAUUACCCCCGACAGUGAUGGUGGUUAUCCUAUACAUCAGGUAUCGAUGGUUGUUCGUGGAUGGCUUGUUCCAUUAGAUUACCUACGCCUUCACUGGGUUGACUGGACUCAACAGUCGAAAUGGUAUGAAGACAUCAACACCGAUGGUCAUGAUUGGUUAACAGAGCAAUUUACGUCCCCAUCUUGGGCAGCGGGAUACUACUACGAAAUAUCCUCGUUUAUGGAGGUGGGACCACAUCGACUAUACUUUGGUGGGAUGGUUGGGUGA